UCAUAAGAUUCUGGAAAUUCACCAAAAAAAGCAAUUUGGCUGGCCAUUUUAAACUCUUGGCAGUCAUGGUGACUGCCAGGGAUAUAAUAAUAAUUUUUUAACGCUUGGCACAACCUCAACACCGUAUACUUUUACAUUAAAAAAUGGUAUAUAUGUCAAAAUUGUUGAGAGGAAAUAGUUUUAUCAUUCAAUUCUUAGAUGAGCAAACUAAAGAAUUGUUAUAUUUGUUAAAAUUCAAUACUGGGAGAUUUCCUAAAAUCCCACAAAAUGUAGUAAAAUACUCAAAAUUUGUCACAAAAGUUAUUUAUGGAAUUCACAAGUAUUUUGGCCAAAAUUGAUGUUAAGAAAAUUGAUUUUUUUAAAAAAAAAUCCAUAUGACGUUUGGGGCACUUAGGGAAGGCCUUUGACCAAUAUUUACAUGUAUUAUGUUUAUUAAAAACCAAUGUAGCGUGUUUUUUAUUUAUUUAUUUAUUUAGACUGGUUGUUAGAUAGUAUGAAUCUGCAAAAUCAAUCACAAAAAGAGGACUUGAUUUUAAUAACAGAAAUCUCUGGAAAAUACUUUGUUUGGAAUGCAGACCAUGUGUACAAUUUACGAACCCAACAUAGGAUAUGUGGUGCAUUGAUUGGUUCAUUACCUCGAAAACCAUGGCAAACCAACAUUACUUCUUUGCCAUUAAUUUUAUUACCCGAAGAAGUGCAUUUAUGUUGCACGAUGGGAAUUGCAAAAAUCGCUACAGCAGAAAAUUAUUUUGAAAGGAAACAGGACAGGUUUGUUGAUGCAGUGCAAUUUCACAAACAACGCGAAGAAAACGAAAGAGAUCAGAUUAGAUUGUUUAAAUUUGAGAAAAUGAAAAAAGAAAAAGUGUUUUAUGGAUUUAGUAAAAAAACGAGAAGAAAAGAAACAAGGACACUACAAAUGCAGCACAAUGAUGAAUCAGACACUACUACAAAUGAUGGUAAUAACGAAAUAAAAAACACAAUUUCGGAGACUAGUAAAAUUUUAAAUAAUGCACGUUCUAUAGAAAAUGCCACAAGUUUUAAUACACAAUCAGACAAUAAUUCUGAAGAUGACUGGACCUCUAUUACUUUAUCUGAUCAGGAUUUAGUUUAUUACCAGCAAGCAGUUCGUGUGCAUAUACCAACGUGUGCUGCAAAUGUAAAUCAAAUUGCUCAACACGAAUUUAAUUAUCCUCGAACAUGGCGCGAAAAAGCGUGCUAUAGCGUUUUUAAAGAUUUCUGGACGAAAGGUUAUUAUGUCACUUCUGCUUCCAAAUUUGGUGGAGACUACCUUGUCUACCCAGGCGAUCCACUUAGGUACCAUUCUUUUUAUAUAGUACUUGUUAUGGACACAGACAGGCAUUUAACUUCAAAAGAGACAAUUUGUUAUGGGCGCUUAGCAGCAUCUGUAAAGAAGACUGUUGUCUUGGCAACGGUAAACAGCGACUGUUCUUCUGUGUCGUUUGUAUCUUUAAGUUGGACCCACAUGAAGACUUAAUUUCUUGCUA